GGAAGAUGAAGUCCCUUCGCUAAACCCUACUUCGUCUCCCUGCUAAUAGAAGGUGAGGAUAGAGAACAAACCCUAUAAUUUAAUUUAUUGGAGGAGGCAUGGACAAGAACAUGCAACAAGGUCUUGACGGUCUACCUGAAGAAGACCAGAGGCGUAUGGCAGCCGUAAUCGAGCAGCUCCAAGUGCGAGACAGUAUGAGGAUGUACAAUUCAGUUGUGGAGAGAUGCUUCAAUGACUGUGUGGACAGCUUUACACGCAAAUCACUGCAGAAGCAGGAGGAGACCUGUAUCAUGAGAUGUGCUGAGAAGUUCUUGAAACAUUCAAUGCGUGUUGGUUUGAGAUUUGCAGAACUUAACAAUCUUGCUGCUACGCCAGACCAAAGCAACUAAACAACCAUGGAUUGCUCAGAACACCAUUCCAUUAUUGUAGAAUCUAAUUUGGAUAAAUAGGGGAUUCUCUUUCGUUGUCAACUUUCCUCAAAUUUUCCCAAAACAGGGUUUUAUCUAUUUUUUUGAAGAGAACAGGGUUUUAUCA